AUGUUCGGAUGCGAACACGUUCAGCUACUGCUGUCACAAGGGCAAGAAGUGAUGAACAGUUCGAUAGCGCAUUACAAGAUGAUACUUCGUGGAAUAUUCGAUACGAACCCGAUUGUCCCGCAAACUUCCACAAACAAAGAAGGCCGACCGAUUACUACACUGACUUCCAAUUAUCUUUGUCUCCAAUGCCCGACUACAGUUUCUGAAGAAGACAGAUUGGGGCAUGGAAACAAAAAAUCACACAGAUUCUAUGUUGACUCUCGAAAUGGAGCGCUGUACUGCCAAAUCUGCGACGACUUGGUCUGGGACCCUACUCUCGAAGAACUACGUUUGCGCAAAAUCGGAACCGGCUCAUUCUCUGGACGCAAGAGGAAACAUGACGAGCUCUUCACCGACACGAUUAAAGACGACCCGAGGUACAUUUCGUCGAAUACGACUCUCGCUUCUUGUCGCGCGGAUGGUCUUCGAGGCAUAUACAACGCGGGAGCGACAUGCUACCAAAAUGUUGUUCUACAGAGCUUUCUACACAACCCCCUUCUACGGAACUUCUACCUGAGCGAUGGGCAUCAAAGCAACGAAUGUAACGUGCCUCACUGCUUGAGCUGCGCUAUGGAUGACAUGUUCCAAGAUUUUUAUGCCCUGGAGAACACCAAUGGUUAUACAGCCGCAAACAUCCUGUCUGGUUUUUGGAUAUCAGAGAAGAAAGCGUUUGAAAAUCUUGUGACAACCAAAGAACAAGACGCUCACGAAUUCUUCCAGUUUCUUGCCGAAGAUUUGCAUGAACGUAAUGGCGAUGGCAAGAAGCCUGAGAUUGGGAGCGAGCAUAGCUGCAAUUGCAUUAUUCAUCAGACCUUUUACGGGAAGAUGCAAACGACGACCACGUGCCAAAAUUGCAACAGCUCCAGCAAUACCGUGCAGUCAUUUUUGGACCUGAGCGUGGGACUCGACAGCCUAGCGCAGAGGAGGAGCAAAAAAGCCGGGCAAAAAAGCCACAGUCUUACUCUGACAGCCUGUCUUGACGAGGAAUAUAUCAAAUCAGAUAAGUGUGAGUAUCGAUGCCAUCACUGUGCCUCGACGCAGCAAGCGCGACGCUACACAAGCGUUAAGCGCCUCCCAAACGUGCUCUCUAUACAACUCAAGCGAUUCGAGUAUAAGCAAGGACGUCACGAUCAUGCCGCCUCCAAAGUCGACGUGCCAGUAGACUUUCCUCUGCAGCUAAAUAUGCUUCCAUACACAAAUCGGGUUCGUAGCCGCGACAGCCGAGAGAAUAUGGAACUGCAGCGAUCAUGUGUAUACGACCUUCUCAGCGUCGUUGUCCAUGUUGGAGAGCUCGAAACGGGGCACUAUACUUCGUACUGCCGCGUAGGCGACCAGUGGUUUAAGUUCAACGACCACAAAGUCGAAUUGGCUAGCCUAUCUGAUGUUCUCGGUGCCCAGGCGUAUCUUCUUUUCUAUAUUAUUCGAUCUCUGGCAUAG